AUUCACCAGUAGUUCACACAGAUCCACUUCUCGCAUUUUCGUGGGGUAAUCAUUUAAUAAUUAUUAAGGUCAGCGUGUUAUCACCUACAGCCCCCGAGAUCCCCUUAAAAAAACGUCGACAAAAGCGUGAAGUUCGUUUGGAAUUUAUCCCAGUGGGAGAGUGGAAGUCCAGAAAUAGCAUAGUGGGGCUUCAGUGGCUCUCGUCUCAGAUUUUGUUGAUUUUGACAAACACAGAAGAUAUAAUUGUAUUUGACCCAAGAUAUAUGCAAGAAAGUGAACAAAAUAACAUUCGACAACGUUCACUAGUUUACCAUGAUCGAUUUUCAUCGCUUUUAAAAGAAGGAGUCGAGGAUUCUAAUGGGCAAAGUGAAAAUAUUCGAUCUUUGUCAUCAAAUACAGAUUUAGCAUACUACCAUAGUAUGCGCGUAUAUAAGGGCAAUGUUUUUUUAUUGGGAGUACGUCAACUUUUUGUCGGCAACCUUUUAUUAUGGAAAGACAGAAUACUUGCACUUGUCGAAGCCGGGGAUUUUCUUGAAGGUAUCGCUCUUGCCACAUCUUUUUAUAAUGGUACAUCAUCUCAAACAAUCCUUGGUUUACCCGAUGAGGAAGAGACUCGCCACACAAUUGUUGGCGAGAAGCUCAUGGAGCUUUUAACCGCUUCCAUAAAUUAUGCAUUUUCUAGUGCGCGGACAUUUCAGGGUAUGGUAGAUGAACAGAAUGGCAGUGGUGUGGUCUUAUUUCGCGAUCUAGCUAGCGCUUGUAUAGAAGCGUGUCUUAGUAUGCACAGGGAGGAUUUUCUUUUUACAGAGGUUUAUGAAAGAUACGCGGAAGCCUCUGCUAAGGGAAUUCUUCUUGAAGUUUUAGAGCCAUAUAUCCUUGAGGAUAAAAUAAAGGACCUACCGCCAGAAGUGAUGAAGGAUCUUGUAAAUCAUUACCGUGACCGUCACAUGCUUAAACGCGUGGAACAAUGUAUAUGGCAUAUUAAUCCGCAAUGCUUGGACAUUGAUCAAGUGGUUCAAUUGUGUCAAAACGAAGGACUAUAUGACGCUCUAAUUUAUGUAUGGAAUCGUUCCAUGGUAGAUUACGUUAGUCCUGCAGUGGAACUUCUUCGAAUAAUAAGACAAAUAUUAAUAUCAGAAAAGCGAAAAAAAAAGAAGCACCGAUUUUCUAUACCAAACGGUUCCAAUAGUUAUGCACCUGACCCUUACGUGCUCGAAGGGGAGGAAUUGGAAAAAAGAAAAAAUGAUGCACGUAAAUUCUACACAUAUUUGAGUAAUAUCCUCACCGGUCAUACUUAUCCCAAUGAAGCACCUUUGAACGAAUCUGAGGCCAAUGAAGCGAGAACUACUCUUUAUUCUUUCGUGUUUUCUGGCCGAUGCGUUGUGUGGCCGAGAAAUGGAGGAGAAUUAAUACUGACGGCUGAAGAUGAACUGAAUGGUCCAGAGCCUACCUAUCCUUAUCUUAGAUUGUUCUUAAAGUUUGACACCAAGGCUUUUCUACAAGCUUUAGAGGCCGCUUUUGAAGAUUCAUAUCUUAAUGGCGUUGAAAUAAUCACUAAUGGUGAUGAUUAUUAUGAAGAGGAGGAAACCCAUGGGAAAAUUAUCAAUCGGCAGUUAUUGGUUAAUAUACUGCUUGAGGUGAUGACUUCCGGAUCACCAGAAUCCUCAGAAUUUACUCAGUCAGACAUAUCAUACUUGUAUUGUUUUGUCGCACAGAGUCUGCCAAAAUACACGCAGUUCCUCUUACUUCCACCGUCCGCCAUACAUAAGAUCCUUGUUAAACUUAGUACCGACAACGAUCCACGUACGCGAGAAGAACGACAACUUUCGGUGGAAUGCCUAUUAUCCAUAUAUACACCACAAGAUGAGAACAAAAUGGUACAAUUGUAUGAGUCCGCCGGAUUCUGGAGAGUAUUGGAGCAUGUUUAUACUGCCGAAAAAAAGUAUGGAUUGUUAGUGACGACAUACCUGAAGGAUCCAAAAAGAAGAAACGACGUUUUUGAUUGUAUAAGAGGUUUAUUAAGUCCUCAUAGCAAGCUCACCGAAAAACAGCGAAUGGAAGUUUCCGAGACGGUCAUGACUCGAAUUGAAGAAAUUGUUGAUGUCGAUGGAGAACAAACCGCCUCAAUAAUAAAAACUUUUUUUGACGGAGACCAUCAGACUGUCAUCGAUAAUCUAUCUUCAUCUCCUGCACGAUUAUUCACAUAUUUAAGAGGCCUUUUAGAACCAUCCCAAGAUGAUGUCAGGGGUGGAGAGCUUAUUAUGAGGGUGCAGACUGUCGAAGAACAAAUCAGCAUGGCCGAGUCAAGAUUGGAAUCAUUUCCGGAAAUUCACGAACGAUACAUUGAUCUCAUGUGUAAAUUUGAUCCUACUGGCGUAUAUCAUUAUUUACAAACGCAUAGAGGCUCUUAUCGACUUGAUUACGUAUUACCCAUUUGCGAAUCAUCGGGUAUUGUAGAUGCAGUUGUAUGGCUUUUGGAAAAAAGUGGUAAUUCUAUGGGUGCCCUUGAUAAAAUAUUGGACAUUGUCCAAGAAAAAAGGCAGGAUAUUCUUGUAUUGGUUGAAGAAAAAAAGAAUUCUAAGAAUGAUCGAUGGACAUUAAUUGAAAAAACCAAAAUUGAGACAUCCUUAAUGAAAUUGAAGGGUGUACUCAAAAUUGGAAUUCUUUUAUGUGAAAAUAGCUGCCAACGAGCAACAUUGGCUAACAGUUCUGCAGUUGUUGCUUUAUCUGAAACUAACCACACCAUUGAAAGCGAAACUGAAUUGUUAUGGUUCAAGCUCUUGGACACGUUUUUGGAUGCCACCAAGGCCAUAUCUUCCAGUGUCAUCCCUCCAAUUCCUUCAAUGAUGUCGGAAAAACUUCUGGCGAACGGACAACUAUCCUCAUUCGAAAUGCCUAGAUCUGCGAUACCUCCACACAUUGCCAAUCAUCUGAUUACAACCUUCAAAUCAUACGUUCAGUCUAUAAUGAGGUCUUUAUUGUUAUCUACUUCUUCUCCUUACGUUUCUUUGCCAAGACUUUUGCUUCGAUUUAUACAAUCACAAGCCAAAAGAAACAGUACCGUCUCAGACUUUCGGGACAUUUUUGUGGGCAUGAUUGAUACGUACAAAUAUGAAGGUCAGUUGCUAGCUAUGACCAACCGACUAUUUGAAAAGGACUUGUUCAUGGGUGUAGCAGGUGUAGUACGACAGCGUGGUAAAGGCUGGCGUCCUCGCAGGGGGACGUGUGAAGUGUGUGGGGGUCAGUUCUGGGGCACGGAUCUGAGCCCACUGACCCUCCGCACAACACCUGGUAGAGGUUCAUCCGAAAAGAAAACGCCCCAUUCAUCCACUAUACCUGCCAAUAUUGCAGAUGCCAUGACGAACCUGGAACUACUAGAGCAUCCUGAUUACCCGCCGCCUAUCCUAUCGGACGAAGCAUCAACCUCACAAGAACCACUCCCUCCAUUACCAACCACUCCCCAACCACUGUCACCAUCGGUUCAAGAAAAUGACCUGCUACUAUUUCGUUGCGGCCACGGAUACCAUCGUAGGUGCCUCGAAACCGAAGCAAAUGUCAGCACCGAAAACGAGACCGAUCCAAAAUGUACUGUGUGCCAAACUGAAAGGCGAACAGAAAAUGUGGUUCCAUUCGAAAAUGGGCGUGGUUUG